AUGCAAAUAGAAUCUAUGGAGUAUGAGGAGAGCCCUACUACAAAGGAGUACUUGAUCCAGAAGAGUAAAACCGAGAAGCUGAACAAAUAUUCCUGCUGCCUUGGGUGCUAUAACAUUAAGUCGUAUGAGCAGUUUUUGAGCGGACCGGAUGUAGAAUGCGAGAAAUCUAUUUCACAUAGCUUGACGAAUUGA